AUGACAUGGGUGAGCUAUGCUGCUCUGGGAUUGGUGAACAUAAAUAGCCAAGCAAUCACAGAGGAGGCAGGAAAAAUAACAAAGUUAGUGGAACGCUGGAGAAAGAGGGAAGAGCUAUGAAAAAGAGAUAGAGAAGGUGAAAUCAAAGGACUACAGAGGAGAGGCAGAGCUAACAAAGACAGAGAAGGUAUAAAAAUGUGAGAGAGUGUAGAUCAGUGAGAUUUCCAUAGAGAACAGGAAGAGAGAAGAGAGGACAGAAAGGAAGGACAUGGGCAGAGAGGGGGGGGUGAGCAGCCAGAAGCAGCAGCACAGAGAAAAUCCAUCAGUCAGGCCAAAAGCAUCAACCUGGGCAGCCAUGCUCUGAGAGGCCUGGUGCAACGGGUCUACACAGGCAACACACGGCAGGGCACAGGCCUUGCCAACGGCCCACUAGCCCACAGGCCCACAGCCACUGAGCACAGUGGGGGAGGAGAGGGAGAGAAGACACCCAGUGCCACACUGUCAGCUGCUGUAGUCAUGACGACUGCACGGAAGGGGAGCGUGGAGAUGCCUGCAUUUGUCCGGCGGCUGGUGAAGGAGACAGAGAAGAGGGUCAGCUCUUUCUUUAAAGGAGGGGGGCGUGGAGGGGCAGAGCACACAGACGGGGAAAGGGAGGAGGUGAUCCCCAGCCCCUACCUGGACCAUCCUGUCCUGGACAAGCUAACUGAGGAGGGUUACUCCCGCUGGGGCCUGACCUACGCCCUGUGCAGCAUGCAGGGCUGGAGGGCAAACAUGGAGGACUACCACAACUGUGUGCCUCAGCUGGGCGCAGGGCUGGCAGACUGGAGCUUCUUUGCUGUGUUUGACGGGCACGCGGGAAACCAAGUGGCACAGUACGUCUCGCAACACCUGCUGGAUCAGGUCCUAGCUACAGGUGAAGAAAGCUUGACAGACUUAUCAUGUUACUUACCAGCCUGUUUCAUAACUUAGUUUAAAAAUAUGUUUGAUACAAAAUAGAUGCGUGAACAGAUCUUGAUACAUUGAUGACUAAUUUGAGAGCAGAUAUUUAUAUGCAACAUUAUGCUCAUAGGAGUAAAGCAUGUGACUCCUCAAAGAUGUAUUGAAUAGUGUAUGUUAGAGAGAGGUUUAUACCUGGUAAUAACUAUAAAUGAUCACUAAAGUUUAGAAGAAUAUUACUGGUGAUUGCUAUUUUAUCUUGCCAGUGUUGAUGUGGUUAUAUCAAUUAUGUAGCAAAACAAAUAACACCAUUUAAAAUUGUACUGCCUGUGUGCACUGUGAACUAAAUUCCUGUGUAUACUUACUGCUUGUGUACUUACUGCCUAUUUAUACUUACUGCAUGGGUGUACUUACUGUAGUGCCUGUGUGUUCUGUAGGAGGGAUUGGGCCAGAGGACCACCCUGAUCGGGUGAGAGGGAGCUUCACAGAUGGCUUCCUACACACGGACAAACACCUGCUGACUGCAGCCCGCCGCGAGGGCUGGGAGCGGGGUGGCACCACCGUGACCUCCACUCUCAUCUCACCACGAUACAUCUACUUCGCCAACUGUGGAGACUCGCGUGCCAUGCUGUGCCAGGCAGGGCAGGUGUGCUUCUCCACUGAGGACCACAAGCCCUACAACCCUCUGGAGAGGGAGCGCAUUGAGAGCGCCGGCGGCUCCGUGUCCCUGCAGCGCAUCAACGGCUCCUUGGCCGUGUCCCGCGCCCUGGGGGACUUCAGCUACAAGGGGACAGAGAACCGGCCGCCCACCCAGCAGAUGGUGUCUCCGGAGCCAGAGGUGUAUGUGAUGGAGCGGUCACCCGGGGAUGAGUUCCUGGUGCUGGCCUGUGACGGGGUGUGGGACACGGUCUCCAACGAGGAGCUAUGCGCCUUCAUCCACAGUCGGCUGCACGUCUGCACUGACCUUGGAGAUGUCUGCUCCCAGGUCAUUGACCUCUGCCUCUACAAGGUCAGUACCCAUGGUCAUAGGUCACCUGUAGAUCAGUGCAUGUGGACCACAUCAGUGACCUUUAUAAAUAAUCCCUACAUGUACAGUGGGGAGAACAAGUAUUUGAUACACUGCCGAUUUUGCAGGUUUUCCUACUUACAAAGCAUGUAGAGGUCUGUAAUUUUUAUCAUAGGUACACUUCAACUGUGAGAGACGGAAUCUAAAACAAAAAUCCAUAAAAUCACAUUGUAUGAUUUUUAAGUAAUUAAUUUGCAUUUUAUUGCAUGACAUAAGUAUUUGAUCACCUACCAACCAUUAAGAAUUCCGGCUCUCACAGACCUGUUAGUUUUUCUUUAAGAAGCCCUCCUGUUCUCCACUCAUUACCUGUAUUAACUGCACCUGUUUGAACUCGUUACCUGUAUAAAAGACACCUGUCCACACACUCAAUCAAACAGACUCCAACCUCUCCACAAUGGCCAAGACCAGAGAGCUGUGUAAGGACAUCAGGGAUAAAAUUGUAGACCUGCACAAGGCUGGGAUGGGCUACAGGACAAUAGGCAAGCAGCUUGAUGAGAAGGCAACAACUGUUGGUGCAAUGAUUAGAAAAUGGAAGAAGUUCAAGAUGACGGUCAAUCACCCUCGGUCUGGGGCUCCAUGCAAGAUCUCACCUCGUGGGGCAUCAAUGAUCAUGAGGAAGGUGAGGGAUCAGCCCAGAACUACACGGCAGGACCUGGUCAAUGACCUGAAGAGAGCUGGGACCACAGUCUCAAAGAAAACCAUUAGUAACACACUACGCCGUCAUGGAUUAAAAUCCUGCAGCGCAUGCAAGGUCCCCCUGCUCAAGCCAGCGCAUGUCCAGGCCCGUCUAAAGUUUGCCAAUGACCAUCUGGAUGAUCCAGAGGAGGAAUGGGAGAAGGUCAUGUGGUCUGAUGAGACAAAAAUAGAGCUUUUUGGUCAAAACUCCACUCGCCGUGUUUGGAGGAAGAAGAAGGAUGAGUACAACCUCAAGAACACCAUCCCAACCGUGAAGCAUGGAGGUGGAAACAUCAUUUUUUGGGAAUGCUUUUCUGCAAAGGGGACAGGACGACUGCACCGUAUUGAGGGGAGGAUGGAUGGGGCCAUGUAUCUUGGCCAACAACCUCCUUCCCUCAGUAAGAGCAUUGAAGAUGGGUCGUGGCUGGGUCUUCCAGCAUGACAACAACCCGAAACACACAGCCAGGGCAACUAAGGAGUGGCUCCGUAAGAAGCAUCUCAAGGUCCUGGAGUGGCCUAGCCAGUCUCCAGACCUGAACCCAAUAGAAAAUCUUUGGAGGGAGCUGAAAGUCCGUAUUGCCCAGCGACAGCCCCGAAACCUGAAGGAUCUGGAGAAGGUCUGUAUGGAGGAGUGGGCCAAAAUCCCUGCUGCAGUGUGUGCAAACCUGGUCAAGACCUACAGGAAACAUAUGAUCUCUGUAAUUGCAAAAAAAGGUUUCUGUACCAAAUAUUAAGUUCUGCUUUUCUGAUGUAUCAAAUACUUAUGUCAUGCAAUAAAAUGCAAAUGAAUUACUUAAAAAUCAUACAAUGUGAUUUUCUGGAUUUUAGAUUCAGUCUCUCACAGUUGAAGUGUACCUAUGAUAAAAAUUACAGACCUCUACAUGCUUUGUAAGUAGGAAAACCUGCAAAAUCGGCAGUGUAUCAAAUACUUGUUCUCCCCACUGUACAUGUUGAAGCAUAAGUGUCUAAUUUCGCUGUCAAAAUGUGGAUGCAACAUUUUCUGAUCUGGUUAAUCAUGAGCCACACGGACAUGCUGUUAGUUAAACAAUAUGUGAUUAUUUUAUUUUCUAUUACAUAAUCAUAAUCCUGUGAAAAAGAUUAUUGAGUAUAUACCAGCAUUCAAAGAGUACCUUCUGACCUUCCCCAGGUUUAGACAGACAGACCACUGGGACUUGAAUGUGUGGUGCCACAAGACCUUUACAAACACAUACACACCAGCACACACCCAUUAAACACAUACUCUGUGUGUACACAGGCUAAAUGAGCUGGGCUGGCUUGUGGUUGUAUAACAAUGUUCUAGCUUAGAGAUGCUGCCCAACGACCUGAAAAUGUCACAGUUUCUAACCCUCUCACACACUUCACCACACUUCACCUUCGUAGUCAAUUCAAGAGUCAGUUCAGUUGUGCAUAAAGGAGGAAGUAGGCUAUUAAUGUUCCUGAAGGGAGACAAAGUGCUUUAGCUUUGCUGUAUGGACAGCCAGUGUUAAACAAAGGCUAAGGUUGCCUACAGCAUUGGUACAUCAGACCCUGCUUUUAUUGGCCCACCCAGGUCACGUCAGGGAAGCCACUGCUGCUUGCUCACAUCUUACAGACAGACACAGUCACCAACAGCUAACAUCAGUCACUGAAAACAGCUACCCGUGGCUAACAAGCAAGCCUAACACACCUACUAUCAGUCGAGAAUGGGUGACUUCUAGGACAAAGGGGGUCUUAUUUUGUAAGGAUCAGACGAACACAGAAGAGAAGUGGUCGUAAUUGGAGGUCAAAGGUCACUACUUAGCACCUGACCUCAGAGCAGGCGGCUGUUGUAAUCCUGCUAGUAGCUUUCUAGUAAGACUUGUUUGGCACUCACCUGAUUUGGCACUCGACCAACAACAACAUCUACAGCACAGGCGAUUUUCACCAUUAUCAUAACGGGGGGAAGGAUUCUCCUAUCUCACACCCUGUUCAGAGGUCAGCAUACAUCACUAAGAUUCACUAAUAACAGUCAACCCUGUUUACAAACGUAAGAUGUACUUAUGUCAGGUCUGUACUGUACCCUAACAUGAGGUCAUCUCUGUGCACUGUGGCUGUAGCUACUCACCUUGGUUGGCUUGUUCUCCUCUGCAGGGCAGUCUGGACAAUAUCAGCAUCAUCUUGGUCUGCUUCCCUGGUGCCCCCCAGCUCUCAGCAGAAGCACUACACCAGGAGGCAGAGCUCGAAGACCUGCUGGAGUCCAAAGUGGCAGGUGCGGUGAUGUGGGGGUCAUUGUGUGCAUACUUAUAUUCACCCACUUCAGUUUAUCCAUGAGUUUACAACAUGAUUUACACUACUAUAGUUAAUUGGCACUGAGACAGGGCAUUUUAAUCAUUGUUCUUCCUUCGAUAGAGAUUUAUGAGGAGCUGAGUAUCCAGGGGGAGGAGCCUGACCUGCUGUCUGUCCUCACUGUUCUGGCAAACACUGACGUCCCAGGCUUACCACCUGGAGGUGGUCUGCAGAGCAAGUAAGUUCAUAUGAAUGCAUGGUGCAAAAAGUUCAUUACAGUACAAGAGGUACUAAAUAACAAAGUGCAGUAAGGAUUAUCUGAGUAGAGAAACACUGCUUGUCCUCAAACCUGUUUCCUGUGUGUUGCAGAAGGAACUGUAUCAUCUCCGCCUAUUACGAAAAGAAAGAGGAACACAAUCCUACUACACCUAAUGUAAGUGUUUUGUAUUUAUAUCAAACUGUCUCAGUUACGAUACCAAUACUAUAUAAUCUCUGAGUUUGUCAGAAUUGAUGCACAAUCACCUCACAGCAGUCCACAUUUUUCUCCAGGGGCUUGGUGGUUCUGAGAAGCUUGUCUAGGCUCUGUCGU